AUGGCCAGGCCUGCUCCAGAAGAGAUGCGUGGUGCUGCUGUGGAUGAAAGUGGGCUCUUCCCUCACCAGGUUGCCACAGUGACAUGGAUGCAAGGCAUCGAACAAAGAGGAGCGCAGCCCUUGCAGGUGGCGCCGUUGCGCUUCGCAGGUACCAGCCUGGGCUCCUCUUACGAUUUGACCCUCCCAUGUGGGGGUGUAGUGGCACACCCUCCUGGUUCAGGCAAAACGCGUAUUGUGGCAGCCCUUGCUGCCCGUGACAACGGCCGGGAGGCACACGAGGGUCGGGUCCUCUCCGAGAAUCGCCCAGCCGACCUGCGGAUCCUGGGGAAGUGGAUGCAGUGGCUCUGUGGAGACUCCUCGCCGCGCUCGCCCUCGCCGCAGCUGCAGCCACCGCAUCCGCCGCAGGCAGAUCUUUGCUGGCACCGAGCUCUGGUGGUGCCACAGGCGGCAGAGCCGAAGCUGACUUUGCCACUGGUCCGAACUUUAAGCGACGAGACAAACUUCCGUGCAUCUCCCCCCGCUAAGUCUGCACCGCAGCCUCCACUUUCAUGUGCACCGUACACGGAGCUGCAAGGCCAAGGCGCUGUCGAUACAGAGGCCACCGAUGCACAAUCGUUAAUGUGUGCAGUGCUGCCACGACAGCAAAGUCCGACACCGGCUGCCCGAACGGGGAAGGGUGAGAAUGCGCUGGAGCCUUUGCAGGUCACGGACUAUGAGUCUGUGGAACACAUCAUCUUCGAAGCUGGCAAGUGGCACCGGCUGGUGAUCGACGAGCCGCAGGACUGUCCGGGAUCGGAGAACUGGCAGUCUUUGCUGGCUCUUGCGGAUGGGUUUCGCGAUGAUGGAGCCGCUAUCUGGCUGCUCUGUGGCACUGCUCCCUCCCACCUGGAGUCCAUCGGGCCUCUGCUUCUGGGCCGGCGGAACUGGCAUGUGGCCUGGCGCCAAUCCGAGUGGACAGGCUUCCCACAGCUAGCUCACCUCAUCCGGACGCGCUUCCUCGCGGAUCCUCCCUGGGCCUGUCUACCGCGGCCGACCCUACAGUGGCACAAUGAGCCCGUGGUGCUCCGGCCCCGGGAAAGCACCGACGCUGCAGUGGCCAACCUCGCCGGCUUCGUCCUGGACAGUGUCCUGCUCCUUUCCUUCGGAGCCGGCACAGCCUUCGCGGCAGCUCAGGAGAGAGAUCAGCUGCUGCUGCAGAUGGGAUGGUACAACUGCGUGGGCACGUCCCUGCUGCCACCCGCAGAGCAUGCAUUGGCGGACUGGGAGGGUACUGUGGCCCAGCGCAGCCAGCAGAAGCUGGAGAAGCUCGCAGAGGACAUCGCUAAGCUGGAGGCUACCGAGAACCAGCAGGGCUUGCGCUACCAGUUGGCAGGGGGGGACGCUGCCAUGGCUCCAGACCUGUCCUUUCUUGCAGUGGAGACGGUGCGCGUUCAUCUAGAAGGAAUGCAAGACGGCCCAGUGUCCGAAUCGGCGUGCGCCGCCGAGUGGAACGCCCUCCUUCCGAGCCGGAGCUACGAAGGCCCGGUGGCCCGGGGAGUCGGCGAAACGGGCUGCGUCGCCUUGUACGAUGAGCCAGCGGAUGGCGACUUUGCGGCAGCUGCCACGUCUGCGCAGGCAGCAGGUGCCAUCGCCGUGAUCUUCGCUGCUGCAGAGUCAGAGAGACCUUUUGGCUACCCUCACGAGAGAGCGCCACCAGGCAUCCCGGCCUGCAUGGUGAGCCGUCGCCUGGCGCAUGCUCUCUUCUCCUCCGUGGCUGCCAACCGGCCAGUGACCGCGAGAGUUCUCCUGCUUGCGCAGGAAAGCCCGGAGGAAGACAAAGACGUCGAGGAAGGCCUGGUCUCAGCCUUCAUUGCAGAUGAUGCUGUUGACACAGCCCUACACAGACAGCUCAAGGCUCUGCGAGGCGAGCGGGAGCGCUGCGAGCGCUCCCUCCGAUUCGCGAGACAGAUGCGUGCGCUUCUUGAGAGGAACGAGGCUCAUUGCCCUGUUUGCUUCCAGUCUGGAGCAGAGACGGAAGCUUUUGCGGUUCUCCCCGACUGCUUCCACAUUCUGUGUCGUGCCUGCCUGGAGCAGCAGGCCGGCAUGGAUCCAACUUUUGGCUGUCCUAUGUGCCGCACGUCCGUGUUUCGUUUGGACGUGGUCGUCUUUCGCGCACCUGGUAGGCCAGAGCCUACAGUCGACGAGGAUGACGAAGACCCGACGAUGGUGAAGAAUUGCUGCGGUGAUGCCGAAGACUGCAGUUGUGAAGGGCAGGGACUGGAGGCAGCUUCUGUGCAGCGCGAGGUGCUGCCAUCAAAGCUGCAACGCUUGCUGUCGCUGCUCAGGGAGCUGCUGGCUUCUGGCCCGGAGGAGCGGGUGCUUGUCUACACACAGUGGGCCACGCAUGUGGUCUACUUGCGAGAGGUGCUGCAGCAGCAGGGCGUGCCAGCCUUGGCCCUGGUCGGUGAGCUGCGAGACACCAUGGACGUCCUGAGUCGCUUUGGCAGCCCCGACGAGCCGAGGGUGCUCCUCCUCUCCAGCCAGCGACAUUCUUCAGGCAUCAACUUGCAGAUGGCUCGGCACGUGGUGAUUGUGCAUCCUUAUUGCACGCCGACAGCCACCAGCCAGGACUCCAUCUCCCGUCUUCAGAUGCUGGCCUUUGAAGCGCAAGCGAUCGGACGAGUCCGACGCUACCCGCAGAAGAACACCGUGCAUGUCCACCGCUUGUUUGCGGUGGGAUCUGUGGAAGAAGAACUUUAUGCUGGAAGGUGA